CUCUUCCGACUGUGUCUCGGCUUUUAUCGGAAGUUCCGAUUUAAAAUGUCACCCUUCGUACUUGUGUUUUUAUCGUCAAUAAGCUUGCUGGGUUUGGCAGACGCCUGUCCGUGUCCGUGUGAGAAAGCCGAAUUAUGCCAUCAGAUACGCGACAAGAGAGAUUUCGAGGUGUUUGUGUUCGACGUGGGCGGAAAGACAUGGAAGUCAUACAACUGGAGCGUGGUGACGACAGUGGCGACAUUUGGGAAAUACGACGCGGAGCUCAUGUGUCACGCUCAUUCGAAAGGAGCACGGGUCGUACUUAAAGGUGACGUUCCGCUCGCUUACAUUGUGGACCAAAACAACAGGACAGAUUGGAUAACUGAGAAGGUCAACUUGGCCAAAUGUCAGUUCAUGGAUGGGAUCAACAUCGACAUUGAACAAGCAGUGGACGAAGGGUCGCCUGAGUACUAUGCCCUAACGGACCUGGUCAAAGAAACCACUGAGGCUUUCCACAGGGAGAUUCCCGGUUCUCAGGUGUCCUUCGAUGUUGCCUGGUCACCCCAAUGUAUCGACAAGCGCUGCUAUGACUACGUCACCAUCGCAGAAUCCUGCGAUUUGCUUUUUGUAAUGUCCUAUGACGAGCAGAGCCAAAUACUCGGGGACUGCAUCGCCAUGGCCAACGCCCCCCUUAACCAAACUAUUAAUGCCUAUGAUCAAUAUUUAAAUUUGAAGAUAGCUCCGCAGAAGUUAGUGAUGGGUGUGCCAUGGUACGGCUAUGACUACCCUUGUCUCAACCUUUCACAGGAUGGCAUCUGUUCUAUUGCCAAAGUGCCGUUCCGUGGCGCUCCAUGUAGCGAUGCUGCUGGAAAACAGAAAACCUACAGAUGGAUCAUGAAGCAGGUCGUCAGCUCGUUGUCAGGACGCUUGUGGGACGACAAGCAGAAAGCGCCCUAUUUCAAUUACUGGGACCCAGAAGGAAAGUUUCACCAAGUUCGAUAUGAUGACUCGGAGAGCAUUUGCCUCAAGACGGAGUUUGUGAAAUCUAAAGGUUUGAGAGGAGUGGGCAUGUGGAAUGGCAACAUUUUGGACUACAGCGACGAUCCAGUUGCUAGGCAGCAGAGCGCAUUGAUGUGGAAUGCUCUCUUUGGAUGCUAGUUGGGCCAAAGUUUACAGGCUCUAGACAUUUCGAGCGGCUGCGUUGUUACUAUGUGAACAAGUCCCUUUGUGGCCGUAACACAUUUUCAGUCCUCAGACGCAUACUUGCACUGGAGGCUUUAUUGUUGCUUUUUUUUUUUUUUUGCUGACACCUUUCAAUGUCAUUUGGUGUCAAACAUUCCAACUGUGUUCACUUUUUAUGCCAUGUGUU